AUGCUCUCAAUCCAUGAAAGCGCAGGGGAGUGUGCCAACUCAAAAGCGCAGGCCAAACCAGCUCACUAUCUGACUCAAACCCUCGCUCUGAGUUUAUAUGUUCAACUUGCAGCUGAAAGCAGCAGUGUCCUUAAGGGCACCAGAAAAGCCAACAUCUUUUUAUCAACCAAAAGGGGAUAUAUUUUCAUUCAAACAGACAAGCCUAUUUAUAAUCCAGGAGAAAAUGUCAAAUACAGAAUCUUCACCCUAGACAACUACAUGAUCCCGAUGAAGGAUGAAAUCCAUGUUCAAAUAAUUAACUGCAAAGGCUUAAUUGUUUACAAUCAUAUUUUGAUUACUGACCAAAUCUUGGAAAAAGAUAUCACUAUACCAGAAGUAGAGUUGGCAGGAAAAUGGAAAAUCAUUGCGACAUAUCAUAAAUACCCUGAAUCUACCACAUCAUUGGAGUUUGAGGUCAAGGAAUAUGUUUUGCCCACAUUUGAGGUUACCAUUGAGGCUUCAAAGCCUUACCAUAUGUUGAAAAUGGAGUCCUUUCCAUUCACCAUCUCUGCUAGAUAUACUUAUGGAAAGGGGGUCAACGGCAUAGCAUAUAUUAGAUUUGGACUCAUUGAUGAAAAGGGUAAUAAGAUAUAUCUUCCAGGCACUGAAAAGCAGAUAGAUGUAACGGAUGGUACUGCAGAAACAGAGGUACUCACUGAGGACUUAAAGACAGCAUCAGAAAAUAGCACUCAAGGCCAUAUAGAGGGAUAUUAUCUUUAUAUCGCAGUCUCAGUUUUGGAAAAAGCAAGUGGCAACCUGGAGGAAGCUGAGAGCACUUCUGUAAAAAUUGUGACAUCCCCAUAUGUUGUUGAUUUGUCAAAAACAAAGACGUAUUUCACCCCAGGUGGCGUGUUUUCUGUUUUGGCCACUGGAACUUAUCCAGAUGGCAAAAGAGCUCCAAAUUUGACAUUUACAGCCACUGUUGAAAUAGAAGGAUCACCAGAGAAGAUUCUGAAAAGUGAGGGCUUGGGAAAUGACAUGGGAGAUGUAGCCAUGUCCUUUCAAAUACCACCACAGGCUAGAAAUUUAGCUGUAACGGUAUUUGCUGAGGGAAAAGACCAAGAGGUCAUUCGUAGUGAUAAAAAGAUGACGGCCAGUGCAACAAAAGCUGAAGAAGACAGCUAUCUCAGUUUGGAAGUGGAGCAUCAGGUCCUAAAGCCCGGAGAGGCCUUGAAAGCCACAUUACGGGACAUUACACCUCAGGGUGCAGCAAAACCUACUUUCAUUUACUUCAUGAUUUGGAGUAAAGGGCAAAUUGUGCAGCUGGGAAGGGUACCGAGAACUGAAAUCACAACAGUCAAUGUAAACUUCGACGUGGAGAUGGUGCCUUCUUUUCGCUUGGUCGCCUACUAUUAUACAAAAGGAAAAAUCGUGGCUGACUCUGUGUGGGUCGAUGUGAAAGAUGUCUGCAAAGGCAAAGUAGAAAUUGGUCCAAUGCCUGAGAUAAAACCUGCAUCUAAGCUUCAAGUGAUGGUCAGAACAGAUCCGAAGACCAAGGUGGCUCUUUCCGCAGUGGACUCUGCAGUUUAUAUUCUGAACAAAAACAAACUUGACCUUCAAAAGAUGUUUGAUUAUAUGAGCUCAUAUGAUCUGGCCUGCUCGAUCGGAGGAGGAGAGGAUUCCAGUGCUGUUUUGCAGAGAGCUGGGCUAACUUUUAUAUGCAGCUGUGAUACGAAAACCCCUUUACCCGGCAAGCAUAAGUGUUACAACUUGAAACCUCGUGUCAGAAGAGCAGCGGACUAUAUUAAAAAAUACAAUGACGUCGUCAACAGCUUCAAGGAACGUGAUAGGAAAUGCUGUCUUGAUGGUGUAAGGCCUAGCAAAAUGCAUACGUCCUGUGAUGAGCGUCUCAAAAGAGUACAAGGAUCGGACAGCUGUCGUAAGGCUUUUAAACAGUGCUGCGAAGCUGCAAAUGACAGAAGGAAGAGAGACAAGUUGGAGAAGAGAAAAAUCAGCCUUGGAAGAGACAUUGAUGACACACUGGACGAAAUUGUGAUCAAUGAGGAUGCUAUCUACCUUCGUAAAUAUUUCCCACAGUCAUGGAUGUGGACAGUUCUUCAAUCAGAUAGCUCUGGCAUUAUCAGGCAUGAUGUAAUAGCUCCUGAUUCCAUAACCACGUGGGAAGUCCAGGCUGUGGGCAUGUCUCCCACAAAAGGAUUCUGCAUUGCAGAACCAAAGCCCCUGAGGGCCUUCAAGGAUUUCUUUUUGUCCGUCAACCUUCCUUACUCUGUAAAGAGAAAUGAGCAGCUUCAGGUUAAAGCUGUUGUGUACAAUUACAAGGAAGAAGAUUUAAAGGUUGCAGUGCAGAUGGAUAAGGUGGAAGGUUUGUGCACUGCUAGCGGGAAUGAGGUAAAGGAGAAUGUCAUGGUUCCUGGUAACUCAGCAGUGGCGGUGUAUUUCACCGUUGUGCCCCUUGUUAUUGGAAGUAUCCCCAUCAAAGUGCUGGCUCAAGCCUCAGACUCUGCUAGUGAUGGAGUAGAAAAGAUGCUCCGUGUGGAGGGGGAAGGUGAAAUUGCCACUAUUGACAGAAAGUACAGCAUUGAUGCGAAAUUGAAAAAAUUAGAGAUCGAUAUUCCAGUCCCUGCUGAUGAGAUCCCUGGUGGGAGAGACUCAGAAAUCUCUAUGAGUUUUAAAGGUGGGGUGAUGGGCGAGUCAGUAGAGAACUGUCUAAACCUGGAGGGUAUCGAUAAACUCAUUCAGAUGCCCACUGGCUGUGCGGAGCAAACUAUGGUGAAGAUGUCUCCUGCAAUUCAUGCCAUGAGGUACCUGGAUGCCACCAAACAGUGGCUAUCACUGACAGCUGAACGCAGAGAUGAGGCCCAAUCCAUGAUCCAAACUGGCUACAACACAGUUCUCACAUACAAGAAACCUGAUGGCUCUUACGGAGCAUUUCUAAGGACUCCCAGCAGUAUUUGGCUUACAGCAUUUAUUGCCAAGGAACUGACAGAGUCUCGGGACAUUAUCAAUGUGAAAGACUCAUAUAUUCAGGAGUCCAUGUCUUAUCUCAUAUCCAAACAGAAGAGCAAUGGUGCAUGGGAUGAUCCCAAUCCACUGUAUGAUAGAGGAAUGAAGGGAGGAGUUGGACAGGCGAAAGAUGAUGUUCCCCUAACUGCGUUUGUCUUUAUUUCAAUGAACCAUGCUUUGAAGGUGUAUGACUUGGGAACUGACACAGAACUGAGAAUGGCGAUGGAUAAAUCAAAGUCCUACCUAGAGGGAAAACUGGAUGCUUUGGAUAAUCUCUAUUCACUUGCUAUCACAACUUAUGCUUUGUCAUUGCACAACCAGCACAGUGCAGAAGCCCGAAAAGCACAGCGAAAGCUAAAAGACAUGGCUAAUUGUGACAACAAAAAAUGUUUCUGGAAUGCCAAGGGUGGCAGAGGUCAAUUAGCAGGUAAAGCUGACGCUGAAUCUGUGGAGACCACAGCAUAUGCUCUGCUCAGCGCGCUGUCCCUGGAUGACAAGGUUACUGCUAAACUCGCUGCAAACUGGCUGACAGAGCAGCGCAAGUAUGGUGGUGGAUUCCGGUCCACACAGGAUACAGUCAUAGCUCUUGAGGCUUUGGUGAAAUACAGCAUGCAGAACAAUGAUAUAGAUGACCUGAAUCUAAGGGUGGAAAUGUGCUUUGAAAAUGGCCAAAAACAAGAUUUACACUUGACUAAAUCUAAUGCGCUCACUGCAUCAGCUGUUAAGGUCAGAAAUGUUGGUAAAGUUUCCCUAAAUGUUCAGGGAACAGGACGUGGAACAUUAGCAGUUGUGCAGACAUAUAGAACAAUGAAGAAGGAUGAAUCACAUUGUGAUCUGUUUCACCUUAGUGUUACAGUGACAGGAGAGCUGGAAUACAAAAAAUAUCAUAAGGAAGAAGAGCUUGAGGACUAUUACAAUUACGGUGACGAUGAGGAUUCAAAAGAUGAGCCCAUGAGCAACAUAGAAUGGUUUGAUCUUCGCAGCCGCAGAAAAAGACAAAUCGUAGAGGAGCAGAAGAAAGAGACUUCACUCAUAUACACCGUCUGUGUGGGCAUGAAAAAGAAGAAUACUGUUGGGAUGGUCAUGGUGGAAAUCUCACUUCUAAGCGGACUGAUACCAAACACCAAGGAUUUGGAACAUAAUGUAAAGGGCACAGAGAGGUUCAUUGAUCACUAUGAAGCCCACCAUAAUAAAGUCUUUCUUUAUUUCGCAAAGCAGAUCUCCGAAACCGAGUGUCUUCAGUUUGGUGCUGACCAGGUUGUUCCCAUGGGCCUUGUCCAACCUGCUUCUGCUGUCAUCUAUGACUACUACAGCCCAGAAAAGAGAUGUGGCAUAUUCUAUACAGCCCCUCACAAAAGCCCAAUGAUCUCCAAACUGUGUGACGGGGAUGUGUGUACAUGUGCCGAAGGUGGUUGUCCAAAGCUGAAAGUCACCUUCAGCAGGGAUAUGAAACACAACACCCGGAGUAGUUAUGCAUGUUACAGUCCUGCUGUUGAUUAUGUCUAUGUGAUCAAAAUUCUCAACUCAAGCACCGAUGAUGUUUUUAUGUACUACACCACAUUAAUCACAGAUGUUCUUCAGAUUGGGAAGGACUCCGGUAUCCAGAAAGAUGUGAUGCGUCUGAUGAUACUGCGCUUGUCUUGUGAUGAACUGGAGCUGAGGAAUGAAGCCAGCUAUCUGAUCAUGGGGCAGAACGACGCAAUCUCAGUGCUCAAUAAUAACGGACAACAUUUCAGGUAUGUACUAAACAACGACAUGUGGAUCGAGAAGAUACCAGAAGAAAGGCAAUGCAAGGCUACUAAAAACAGCGUCGCCUGCCAGCAUCUAAAGGAAUUUAUUAAGCAACAUCCCAUUAAACACUGUGACAUUUAGAAGUCAAGAUGGGAAAUGAACCACGUACACAUCACCGUUUGGCUCGGUAAAUCAUGUGCUUUUAUUUCUAGUGCAUACUGACAUAUAAAGAAACUGUUACAGUUGUUUGGUACAUUGGAAAGUGUAGCAUGUAGCAACUGUUCAAUUCAGAUUUUCAUGUGUAUUGGCAAUACAGUAGAUUCACGUUCCCUUUUAUUCUCGUACAUAGUCAAAUGGGAAGAAUUUUAUUACAAAAAUCACAGACAUUGCCUCUGACGUGACGACCUGUAUCAGUAUCACAAUCUUCAUCAUAUAUCAUGGGUACGCUUUUUAGGGGUACUUUUGAAGAUGCUACAUUCGUGAGAAAUAUUCAAGAGUGCAUUAUUGCAAUUUGAAUACUAUGUUUUGAAUGCUUCACAUGUCCCGUUGUGAUUAUACACUGUACAGUUUUUUUACAGAAUACUGUAUUUAGUGGCUUAAACAACACUGGCUUUCGCUCGCACACUUUGUAAAAUCAGAAUCACGACUCUAUAUAAAGUACAAAUGCUCUCCUGA